AUGUCUAGCUUGUUUUCAUUUGACGAGGAGAAACUCUCUAAGGAUUUGAAUGAUACCAUAAUAGAAGAUGAACUUGACUCAGAUGAGUUAGAUGCGAAGCCUUAUGAUGGUAAUACACUCAAGGUACAUUCUGAAUCGUCUUUUCCAAGAAGCAUACCAAGAAGAAGGUCGUCGGUUUAUAGGAGGUUAUCCAUUAAAUCAGCUACUUCGUUAACAUCACAAGAUUUGACAAUUCCGGCAAAUUAUGAAUUUUCAGAUGAAGGAAAUCCAGAAUUAAAUGUGUCAAGUAGUAAAAAAGUCUUGAGCGAUUUUACACCUAUUAAGGUGUUGGGGAAAGGGGCAUAUGGAAAAGUCCACUUGGUACAGGAUAAGCAUAGCAAUAAGCUAUUUGCCCAGAAGCAAUUAAGAAAGCCUACCAUUAAUAUACAUGAAGAGCAGGUCGACACACAUACAAAGCAUGUCAGAAGAACAAUUUCCGAACGCACUAUUCUAACUAAUAUAACUCAUCAUCCGAAUAUCGUGAAGUUAUUUUACGCGUUACAAGACUCGGAUAAGUUUUAUCUCAUUUUAGAAUACAUUCCAGGAGGUGAACUAUUUCACCAUUUAACAUCAAACAACUCUCUCGGAAAUGUGUUCAAAGAAGACGACGUUGCAUUCUAUGCAGCACAGAUGGCUCUUGGGUUGAAGCACUUGCAUGAGUUAGGUAUUGUCUACAGGGAUUUAAAACCAGAAAACUGCUUAUUAAAUAGUGCUGGCCACUUAGUAUUAACAGACUUCGGCCUCUCCAAAAGCAUCGGAGAAAAUUCACAAGACAGUUGUACCUCGAUUAUAGGUACACCUGAAUACAUGGCUCCAGAGAUUUUAAAAGGAGAUCAAUAUGACUAUCUGGUAGACUGGUGGUCGUUGGGUUGCGUCAUAUAUGAUAUGAUGACUGGCAAGCCACCAUUUACCGGAAAUUCACAUAAAUUAAUUCAAGACAAGAUCAUCAAGAACAAGUUGAAGAUGCCAUUCUACUUUUCAAUGGAUGCAAAGGACCUUUUGAACAAAUUAUUGAACAAAAAUCCUGUCAAGAGAUUUCCUGUAGAUGAAAAAUGGCCCUUAUUUGAAAACCACAGAUUCUUCCGCAAACUUAACUGGAAGUCAUUAAAAGCUCAAGAUGAUUCCUGUAACCCUCCCAUUAUUCCUGUAAUUACAGAUCCCAUCUUGGCUGAAAACUUUUCUGAAGAGUUUACAAGUAUGGCCAUCAGCGACUUCAGCGGCGACCAAGGUAUAACCAUACCUCAAGAUUCAAAUUACAAUAGAAAUGAUUUAUUUAAAGGUUUCAGCUAUACUGCUAGUAAUAGUUACAUAGAUAGGUUUUGUUAG